UGGUUCUGCUGCAGUCAGUGGAGACAUGGCUAACAGUUUAACCCGGUUUAACCUCACCAUGACCUGAUAGUAGUGCGACAGGCUUGUCCGCCCACUUCACCUGACCAGGGCAGAGUGUGUAGGAGAGCAGGUGGCGGUGGCAUGCGUAUGGGCAGCAGCUGGAGGUGGCAGCUCUCCCGGGCCAUGAGACUGGCGCUGCGUUGGUGCCGGCUGUGCCGCCCGCAGAGAGGAAGUCGAGGCAGUGGGGGAACCACCAAGCCGUGGAUCAGCGGCAGGUUGUCGGUGCUGUGGAGCUAUUGCAAGCUGCUGCUCAAAUCUCUGUACUCUAACACCCUCACCAACGCCGACACUCUGCUGGACUGUGCGUUUGAACCCGUUUACUGGAUUGUGGACAAUGUGACGCGCUGGUUUGGAGUGGUGUUUGUCUGUCUCGUCGUACUGCUGACAACUUCAGUUGUAGUCAUCGUCUAUCUGUUCGUCCUACCCACAAUCCUCAGCACUUACCCCGUGUACUGGAUCCUUUGGCACCUCUGCUUUGGUCAUUGGCUUCUCGUCAUGGUGGUCUUCCAUUACUACAAGGCCACCACCACCUCUGCAGGACACCCGCCCAAGGAAAAAAUUCACAUUCCCUCAGUGUCCAUCUGUAAGAAAUGCAUCGCUCCAAAACCGGCCAGGACGCACCACUGCAGCAUCUGCAACAUGUGUGUUUUGAAGAUGGACCACCACUGUCCCUGGUUGAACAACUGCGUGGGCCAUUUCAACCACCGCUACUUCUUCUCUUUCUGCCUUUACAUGACCCUGGGCUGCAUCUACUGCAGCGUCAGCAGCAGGGACUUGUUUCUGGAUGCCUACAGCGCUAUAGAGAGGUACUACCAGACCCCUCCACCAACCGACACCUACACAGAGAGCACUGCUCACAAGAGCGUCAUCUUCCUGUGGGUGCUCACCAGCUCUGUGGCAGUAGCUCUGGGAGGACUCACCCUGUGGCACAGCAUACUCAUCAGCAGAGGAGAGACCAGCGUGGAGCGGCACAUCAACCGAAAAGAGACCAAAAGACUCAUGGAGACGGGCAAAGUGUUCAGAAAUCCAUACCAUCAUGGUACGAUGAACAACUGGAGGUUACUGCUUGGUGUGGAAAAAAGGAGUCACUGGUUCACGCGGGUCCUCUUGCCCUCCAGCCAUAUUCCCAACGGGGACGGCAUCAUGUGGGACUGCACCUUCACCAGAAGAGACCCGAUGGCCAUCUGAUCCUUUCUACUCCAAACCAUAUCAAAAAACUCUUAAACCUGCAUUACACUGCGAAUAACGUGACUGAUGUGUCACACUGCUGUGACAAAGAAAAGAAGCUCCUGCUGCUGCAAUCAAGUGACAAAGGAAAAGCUUUGUAGUAACACAAAAACACAAAGGUUUUUUGCUGCGUUUGUAUUUGCACUGCUUGAAGUGGGAACCACAUGGAAAUAACCACUAGUGUCUCAUCGUCUUAUCAUUUCCACCUGUCCACCUCGAUCAAUAGGUCUUUUUGUAGACCUUGCCAGAAGCCAACAUCACCCUGCCACUGCAGCGCUGUUUACUGAUUUGAAUUUUAAAUUAUGCUGCUGGCCAGCAUUGUUGUGAAGCCCAAAUCUUUCUUUAGCAAAAAGACAAAAACUCUUUUUGCGCAUCUCUUGGACUGAAAAUUGUGCACCAACAUGACAGCCUCUAAUGACAAGUGAUAGUAAGAUUGAUGGAUGGGCGAUAAGACAGUAUAAAAGGCACUGGAGAGCACCAGAGCUCACAGUUAACAGCGUAUUAAAAGUGCUAUGUGUUGCAUUUUCCAACCUCAACACGCACAUUGUAAACUAAUAUUUGAGUUUGAUUGGUGGCUGCAAUCUGAUUUCAGUUUUGAUGUCAAUGCUUUCAAAUAUGAAACAGAGGUAAACAUCUGUUUUCAGUUUGGCUUCUCAGAGGGUCUUAUUUGUUCACAUUGUUUUAAUUUAGCGGAAUUAAAGUAAUCUCGAAGAUUUUCAUUUUAAUAAAAGUCACAGUAUUUCACUGGAGAAGGUAACACAGUGGGUGGUCCACCAAAGAGGGUAGGCACAGCUAACACAACAGACUCGCCCCAGGAACAGUGCUGGGCUUCGAAAGCCAAUUUGAUAUAUCGGUCAAAACAGGCAUUUACAAUUUCCUAUAUAUUACAUGGUGCAACUGAGCCAAAAAAACAAACAAAAGAACUUUUCUAACAUCGUAAGCCCCACAAAAUGACUUGUUUCACUAUCAGGAUUUGAUCCAUUCAGAGAAAGAAAACAAAACAGAUCUUCUAAGUUUCAACUUCAAAGUGCUGACAGUUCAUUGACGAUAAAGUGCAGUACAUAGCAACAUUAAUAACUAAUGCUGUAUCGAUCCAUGACUUCAAGUUGAGUCAGAGAUUUGGGAUAUGUCUUUGACUGUUUCUUCAAGAGCUCUUUAGUUUUGAUUGUACAUGUUGUCCAUAAUAACUGUGGUAAUGUGUCUUGGGCUGAGGACAAAUUCAAGUGUUUCUUAAUGUAGGGGAAACAAGUGGUGAGAUGAAACAUAUUUCAAAUGUUUUCUAUAAAUGUACUGUGAUUAUUUAAAUAAUUGUCAUUUUCAAAAAUCUGUGUUUAAAGGUUUAUUACUCUGCAUGUUUACACCUGCAAUUUUUCACUGUAAUGUUUUGGGGAGCGUGUGCAAACAGGAUAGAGAACAAUUGUGAACUAAUGUUUUGGUGCCGAAGAUGAGCAAAAAACCAAAAGUUUGAUUCGCUAGUCUUGAAAUUUAGACUUGAAUCAUUUAUUUAUUUCCUAGUUUAGGUAAAGAAGAACACAUCUGCACAGCACUCGUUCUUAUUUUAUCCUCCUUAACAUUUCUGUCUUUGACACUGACCACGAAAUUGCCGUGUGCCUUGUUUGGAUGUUCAGCCUUUAAAAUGAGGCACUUUAAAUGAGUGAAUCAGGCACUGUGAAAUGUAAUUCCAGAUUUUUAAUUCCCUUUUAGAUUUGACUUAAUGAUGGAUUGGCUGGAUCUGUAGUUGCCAUAGAAACAUGACAUACAGCUGUGAUAUCAUGUGUAACCAAUAGGAGCUGUGCUCCACUGUGUCUUUUUUUUAAUAAAACACCUGUUUGAUA